GGCCCACGGGUCCCAGCAGCGUGGGUUGGUGGGAGUCUGAUGCGACGGCGGCGGCGGCAGCCAGGAUGAGCUGCACCGAGGUCAUGUACCAGCCUUACUCGCCCUAUUUUCCCUACCAUCAGCGGGCGGCCGCCGCCGCCGCCGCCUCCUGCCCCGGCGCUGGAGCGGCGUCCGGCAUCGCGGCCGCCCAGGCCGCAUGCCUCGACUACAAGCGGUUCGUGAACCCCAAAAUGCACGACCUGUUGGCCGGCAGCGCCUCCCCCGCGACGCCGCCAUCCUCCCUGCAGUCGCUGGGUCCGCCGCGCUCCGCGUCCUCGACGGGUUCGUCUUCUUCGUCGCACCACUCGCGAUCCCACCACCACAACCACCAUGGCGGGAGCGGCGGCACCACGGCCAACAACAGCGUCAACAGCGGCGGCAGUUCCUCCGGUCCUCACGGGACGAGCGGUCGCCCUUCCUCUUCCUCGUCGACGUGUGCCGUGGUGGCAUCGUCGUCGUCGCCUUCGACGCCCCUGGCUGCCAGGAGCCCCGACCGCGAGGAGUCCUCGGUUCACGCGAGCAAGGCCACGACGUCGUCCUCGUCUCUACCCGGAGGACACGCCGCAGUAGUGACGGGUGGCGGCGGCUCGCCGCCUUCUUCGGCGGUCACCGGCGGCACAAGUGCUGCGCCUGGCGACGCGCAUUACGUGUCGGACAACUGUGUGGUGUUCACGUACUAUAGCGGCGACAUCUCGUCCGUGGUGGACGAGCACUUCUCGCGAGCCCUGAGUGAGUCCGGAGCCUACGACGGCACGGCAGGGUCCUCCUGCAAGUCCGGCGCGUCACAACUCAAAGACGCGCCACCGAUGGCGCAGCGCAACUUCCCGGCCUCGUUUUGGAAUUGCCACCAGUCGCCGACGGGCGGUUCAUCCAGCCACGGCAUGUCCACAGCCACCGGCAGCGCAGGCGGCUCAGUGUCGAGCCCCGUGGACCUGUACGCGAGCAGCGAACCACACCCUUACCACCACGCUCACCACCACGCCGCGUCGGCAGCAAAUGCCGCUGCCAUACACGCCAGCUUGCAGAGUGACCCGUGGCACUAUGCGCUUACGGCGCCCCAGGCUGGGCCGUACAGGUCUUCAGCGAUGCACGAGCUGGCGUACUCUGCGGGUGGAGCGGCGCACCGCUUCGGUGCCCAGCAGUACGGCUCGCUGCUACUGCAGCCGCGCUCCUCGCGCCUGGCUCCAGCCACAUGUACUGCGCUGGACAAGAGCGAUGCGUGGGCUUCGCCCGCAGCCCGUUACCAUCACGACCAGCUGACCGGGCACCACGUGGUGGACGCAUCCGGAUACCAGGCAGCCGCUCAUCAUCAUUACGGGAUGGGAGCCGCAGCAGCCGCGGCCGCCAUGACCGAUCCCAACAGCGGCGGCUACAUGCUGGAGUUGUACAAGUUCCAGGCGAUGCACGCGUACCGGUGAAAAAAAAAAAACGAAAACGAAACAAAAAUACCGAACCAACCACCACCGGUGGGUCUACAGCGGGUGACGUCACUACGACAAAGCAAGAGGCUCGAUAGUCAAGGCCAAGAACCGUGCAAGGACCUCUACUGGUUCUGAAGCCGACCCUCUUCUCCAUAUACCUCCCCGAUCGACGCCUCAGCCUCGCAGUAACGAAGACACGGCAGACGUUUGAAAAAGGAGUGAGCUCGAAAACGAACUGCGCAUGUGCAACAGAGUGAGGAGUGCGCCGACGGUUAUUUAUCACGUGACGUGUCGCUACGUAUACCGCGAACAUUCUGCGACCCCUGCGAAGAAGGACAAUGCGAACGAACUGUGUGCGCCUGCAACUUUUCUUUCUUCUUGUCGUGUGCCUAUGUGUACCACCUUGUGAGUGUGCGUGGAACCUUACUUUUCGGGCGUGGUAUAUCGGUCAACGCGGAUAACCUAACCACUGCGAAACCACUGGGUAGUUUCGCGGUGCCGUCAUUGUAUACUAUACGAGCGUUCUCAAGCCUGCCUCGCUUAGUUGUACGACGCUGCGAUCUGUUUACCUUUAGAGCCGUACUCCCAAAAUAAUUUCCGUUAGAACUCUCAUGCCUCGUGUUCUGGGCUUCGGAUCUGUUUACGGUAUCGAUGAAAGAACCCUAAUAAGAAACCUUCAUUAUGUUUGCCAACCUAUCGUGACAUGAUGUGGUUGUUUCUUAGAAAAGCAACUGUGCGCUGGAAGGAAAUUUCAUUAUUUUGAGUUAUCACAGUUUAGCUCAGUUAAAUCUAAGUGAUACAGCAUAUUAUUGAGCUUGUUUUAUACAAAAUAGUAGGAGGCCUUUCACCGUGUCCAUGUCCUGCGUCGGAAGCACGCAUUUCUCGAGUUCGAGGUAACUCGGCAUUUAAUGCGGUGACAGACAAACGUGCUGUUGAACUUCACAGAGAAAGGCUUCUUUUAAAUUCUCAAACGCGUCUCUUCUGUUAUCGAAGCGUUAGACAUCACACGUUUCGGGAAGGAAACAGUGUGCGCGUUUUUACAUGUAUACGUUUAGGCCAUUUCACGCACGUGUUUUGAGAAAUAUAUUUGACACGAGCAACCUGAGACAUUCAACUUAGCUAGCGGCAUCUGGGAGGCAGGUUUGCGGAUGGUCAUGUUCAAUGAGGCGCAAUGUACAGGUGGUUGUGUCCUCGCGUCGCCCAUGUGCGUGUGCGUCUGUGUCUGUGUGCGUGUGCAUCUACACGAAAACAAACCGGUAAGUAGGUGGGCAAGACGGAGCACUGUGUUUUAUUCCUUCGUCCCGUUUUAAUUUAUUCCAGUCAUCGCUUGUAGCGGCCGCGCCAUUCGCGCGUGAGCGAUUCCGCGGCAAGCCAAUUAGUCGGCGUGCAUUACGAGCUUGACCCCCGUGAACCGCUGUGUUGACGUUAUUUAUGAGUUGUGUAGAUUAUAGGCCUAUUUAACGCGUUGUCUGAGUCGCAUGCCAGGUGGAUAUACCUAUGAAUAAAUGAGGACAGACUACCAUGCAUCAGCGCGCGCGCACGGAGCAUGCCGCUCUGUCUUGUGCAUAAUUUUAUUCUCCAGAUUUCUUGUCCCGGUAACUGUGUAUGAAAAAAAAAGAUCUGUACAUAAAGGAUGAAAUAUAAAGAGUUAU